AUGGGUAAGCUGGCGUUGCACGGUCUGACGGUCAUCCUCACGUCUCGUGACCCGGGCGUCGGUGAAGAGGCCGCGAAAGUGCUUCAAGAGGGCGGCUUGAACGUCGUGUUCCACCAGCUGGACAUUGUGGACCCUCGGUCGAUCGAGAAUUUUGUCGAGUGGGUCAGAGAUAAAUACGGCGGUGUAGAUAUAUUGGUAAACAAUGCUGGAGUAAAUUUCAACGCAGGCUCGGAUAACUCUGUGGAAUAUGCAGAGAAAGUGAUCGGGACCAACUACUUUGGGACCAAAAGUAUGAUCAAGGCCACGAUUCCUCUAUUCAGAUCUUCGGAAGCAGGUGCACGUAUUGUCAACCUCAGUUCUCGAUUGGGGAGACUAAACGGAAAGCGGAAUAGAAUUGAAAAUGUGGAGCUGAGAAGAAAACUGGAGGACGACGAGUCGCUGAGCGAGGAUUUAGUCGACCAGACAAUGAACACGUUUCUUGAACAAGUGAAGGAUGGCAGCUGGGUCGAGGGCGGGUGGCCCCAUGUAUUUACGGACUACUCACUGUCGAAAUUGGGUGUAAACGCCUACACGAGGCUGAUGGCGAAGAUAUUCGCGGACAGGCCAGAAGGCCACAAGAUAUACAUCAACUCAUACUGCCCGGGCUGGGUGAAGACAGUGAUGACGAGCUGGGCAGGCCACGUCAGCCCUGAGGAAGGGGCCGACACUGCAGUCUGGCUGGCCCUGCUGCCCGAGCAGUUUGUGACCGGCAAAUUCUUCUCCGAGAGGCGGGAAAUACACUUCUGA